AUGGUUUUAUCCAAAAGCAAUCUCUCUAGACUGAUUUCAAAGUCUCUAGAAACUCCCGUCCAUCUCAAGUAUCUGAAUUUGUCUUUCAACAGACUCCAAGGAGAAAUUCCAAUAGGAGGACCUUUUCAAAACCUCUCCUCUGAAUCAUUUGUCUCGAAUAGUGCGCUCUAUGGUGCAGCCCGACUCCAUGCUCCACAAUGCAAAAAUAAUAUACAUAAACCAAAUUCAAGAGAAGCUAGUUCAUCCAACCCGAAAUAUCUUAUUCCAGGGAUCAUAUCAGCAAAUCUCCUGGUAGCCUAUGUAUCAUUGUUAAUACUACGAAGGAAAAGGAAAGUGGAAGUUGCAACAGAGACUGUCUUGUUACCUUAA